UAAUGGAUAUGUUUGACAUUCGAUAUUGGCGAUGUGUAAUCAAGAAAGCAGCACAAUGUCCAAAUAGUGAUAUUAAAUUUUUCUUAUACACACCUGAUACAGGAACAAGAAGAAAAAGAAUUGAUAUUAAAAAUCCAAAUGCAUUGAAGUACAUGGGAUGGAAUCCACAUAAAGAAAGUGUUAUAAUCAUUCAUGGCUUUAAUGGAACUGAGAAUAAAACACCAAUGACUAUCAUAAGAAAUGCUUAUCUUUCAACUGGAGAGUACAAUGUGUUCACUGUGGAUUGGGAAUCAUUAACAAUUUUUCCAUGUUAUUUAUCAGCCUUAUCGAAUACACGUCUUGUAUCCCGAUGUUCGGCCCAAUUGUAUUCAUAUUUAACUCAUCAUGGUGCAUUAGCGAAAAAAAUACAUUGCGUAGGACAUUCUUUGGGUGCUCAUAUAUGUGGAAUGAUGAGUAGACAUUUGAAUGCAAAACAAUAUAAAAUUAUUGGUUUGGAUCCAGCGAGGCCCCUAGUGGAUAGCUAUGGAGAUGCACAAUUUCGAUUAACUCGAGAUGAUGCAUAUCAUGUUCAGGUUAUACAUACAAAUGCUGGAUUUUUAGGCGAAGAAAAUGUAGUUGGUCAUGUGGAUUUUUGUGUUAAUGGUGGAACCAAUCAACCUGGCUGUAAAGGUCAUGCACUACGUCAAGCUCGAUGUAGCCAUUUCCAAAGCGCCUGUUAUUAUGCUGCUUCAAUUCUAAAGAAUGUUAAACUAAUAGGAGUACCUUGUUCCAAUGCGUGUCCAAAACGACAAGGUCUAGGAUUAUUACCGGGGAAAGUUGUUCCAAUGGGUAUUAAGACACCAAUCAGUGCCAAAGGACAAUAUUGCGUGAGCAUAAGACAUAAUAAAGAUUGUCCGUUUGAUUGAUUACUCAAGUUAAUGAAAAUAGUUCACAAUAAAGAUAAAUUUUUAACGAGUUUCUACAAAUGAAUGCCUAAUUCAAAUGCUAACAACAUAUGGCGGGACUUUUAGUUUUUAUUAUUCAAGUUAUUUUUAAAUCAGUAUUGAGACCAUAGACUAUUAAGUACAUGGAAUGGGCGUCAAAAGAUUUAAAAUGUGCCUACAUCUGAGGUAAUUACUUAGGUCAAAUCAUGGCGGGGAUAUGGAAAUGUCAAAACAAAGUGAUGCUGUCUUACUUGUCAUUGUUGAUUCGUAAGAAAAAAUUUGACAUUCAUGUAUGUUUUUUUGAUAAAUGGAUCUUCUUUAAUAAAUGUCCCUAACUGGCCUAAGCAAUUACCUCAGUUGUUGCCACACCUCUCACUGUACAGAAAGAUAGGCGACUUACACAUAUUCGUAGAUUUCAAACAAGCUUUUGACAAUAUCAUAGAUGCAGAAUUAAAGCAGCAUCAGAAAACCUAAGAGUGUCUGGGAAAUUAAAAAACCUAAAGAGGGAGGCCCAAUAUGAGAUAAAUGGACAAUAUCACGGAUGAUCUCCGAAUUAUGAAGAUCACAGGAUGGUGUAUCAAGGCGAAAAACAGAAUGCUAUGGAGGUCAAUUUUUGAGGAGUUUGGCUAGGGCAUGAUCAUAUUUUUUUGUUUUUUCUCUAUUUAGAUUGUUGACGCAUGAAUGUCCUUAAUUAUUCCGAGAUAAUGCAUAAUUUUAACCUCUACUUAAUCCAUUUAAUCCAUCAAAACCUUGAAAUGUUGAAAUUUUGUUAUUAAACCUAUUUCCUAUUUAUGUAUCAACAGGUGUUACUUCAAA